AUGAGUCUUGGAAAAACCAUUUACGUUGACAAGGAGCUUGCAGAGAACAUGCAAACUGUUUCACAGAUACGGACGAUGAGUGCCCUAUUAGCAGGUGUUGGAGCAGGAGUAUUGGGGUUGACUGGUCUCCUUGGUGCAAUUUUUUUCCUCUGUAGCGCAGCAUUUACUUCGCUUGUGAUACUAAGUGUUGCCUGUGAUGGCACACCUGAUCGAUACUUUCCAUCUGGGAAAAAACUUCUUUUCUCUUUUGGGAGCCUCAUCAGUGGAGCUAUGACGUAUAUUUUGGCCUGGACAGUAGCAUAUGAUGCGGUUUACAUAUUUUAA